AUGACGAGUCAUUUUUUAAUCGUCUUCCUUGUGGUAAUCUUGACCAUCGCUAAUGGAACGUUAGCAGAAGCAGCAGAUGCUGAAAAACCUCAACCUGUAGACAACAAAUCAUCACCAGCAGACAACUCUACAAAAAGCCUUGGUCCGUCUCAAGAUUAUCCCGAUUAUGAGAUCCCUAUAGAACUUGCACCGGACGGUAUCGAGGUGGUGGGUGAUUACGUGCCCAUUAGCCCCACCGAGGCUACACUUGCACAACCCGAAACAGAUAUGAAUGUUAAAACAUCGCCGUCUAGCUCCGCCUCUAGAUCUUCUUCAACCGAGUUGACCGUUGCUAUUGCUGCGGCGGGAGGAGCGGCCAGCUUGUUUUUCUUUUGA